CUAUAAAUAAGACUAGGCCAUGCAGCGUCAAGGACACAAAAGAAACACCAAGAAUCUAUCCAUGGCUAAAGUUACUAACUCUUUCUUUGCUCUCCUUUUGAUCUCUUCUCUUUUAAUUGCUCCUUACUUAUCCAUCUCCGAGGCCGCUGACAACUCAGUUCCGAUCGUGAAUGGUCUCUCCUUGACUUUCUACAAAACUUCAUGUCCAAAGCUCGAAUCCAUUAUUAGAACUCAGCUGAAGAAGGUGUUCGACAACGACAUUGGCCAAGCUGCUGGCUUGCUCCGCCUUCAUUUCCAUGAUUGCUUUGUCCAGGGAUGCGACGGAUCUGUGUUGCUGGACGGAUCGGCGAGCGGGCCGGGUGAGCAACAGGCUCCGCCGAACUUGAGCUUGAGGGCCAAGGCAUUCGAGAUCAUCAAUGACCUGCGCAACCGUGUCGAGAAAGCAUGUGGAAGAGUGGUCUCUUGUUCUGAUAUCGUCGCGCUUGCUGCUCGUGACUCCGUUUACUUGUCAGGUGGUCCAGACUAUGGCAUACCAUUGGGAAGAAGAGAUGGACUGACUUUCGCCACCGUAAACGCCACAUUGCAGAACCUACCACCGCCCUUUGCCAACGCCACCACCAUCCUUUCCAUGCUCGCCACAAAAAACUUCGACCCCACCGACGUUGUAGCUCUCUCCGGCGGCCACACCAUCGGCAUCAGCCGUUGCACAUCUUUCACCACCAGGCUCUACCCUACCCAAGACCCCACCAUGGACAAAACCUUUGCCAACAAUCUCAAGGUAAUAUGUCCCACGUUAAAUUCAACCAACACAACGGUGAUGGACAUAAGGAGCCCCAACAAAUUCGAUAAUAAGUAUUACGUGGACCUGAUGAACCGUCAAGGGCUGUUUACCUCGGAUCAGGACUUGUACACUGAUAGCAGGACGAGGGGGAUUGUUACUAGCUUUGCCAUUAAUGAGACGCUCUUCUUCGAGAAGUUUGUGGUGUCGAUGAUAAAGAUGGGACAGCUGAGUGUGUUGACUGGUAACAAUGGCGAAAUCCGUGCUAAUUGCUCGGUGAGGAAUGCUGAUAAUAAGUCGUACUUGGCGUCUGUGGCGGAAGAGCUGCCGGUGGAGGAAGCUUGGUCUGACCUUUAAACACUUAAUAAGCUAUUCAAGCAUGUAACAUGUUAACUAUGUGACUGUUUAGCAUUUAAUGUAUGACAGUGGGGGGACUGAGGUUUGUAUUUUACCGUGUAUGGGAGAUUAUGUUCUACAGUUUUUACUCGUUUUCGUUUCGGGUUUUAUUGAAAGAAA